AUGGACCGCCUGCGACUCGACCUGUGGGCGGCGCGCAUAGAGUGCAGCGAGUUAAGGGGUCAACUAGAGGCGCGGUCGGAGCGCGUGCUGGAGGAGGAGCGCCUGGCGGGCGCGAGGGGUGCGCGCGAGGAGGCGCAGCGCCAGGUGGAGGAGGCGAGGGGCGAGGCGGCGGCGGCGAGGCGGGAGGCGGAGCGAGCGAGGCAGUACCACGAGGAGGAGGUGGCCGUGCUGCUCGGCGCGCACCGCGACAAGGAGGCGCUCUGGCAGCGCAAGGUAGCCGCGGGGAGCAAGGCAGCCACGGGGGGCAAGGUAGCCGCGGGGGGCAAGGUAGGCGCGGGGAGCAAGGUAGCCACGGGGGGCAAGGUAGCCACGGGGGGCAAGGUAGCCACGGGGGGCAAGGUAGCCACGGGGGGCAAGGUAGCCGCGGGGGGCAAGGUAGCCGCGGGGAGCAAGGCAGCCGCGGGGAGCAAGGUAGCCGCGGGGAGCAAGGUAGCCGCGGGGAGCAAGGUAGCCACGGGAAGCAAGGUAGCCGCGGGGAGCAAAGUAGCCGCGGGGAGCAAAGUAGCCGCGGGGAGCAAAGUAGCCGCGGGGAGCAAAGUAGCCGCGGGGAGCAAGGUAGCCGCGGGGAGCAAAGUAGCCGCGGGGAGCAAGGGCCUACCUGCAAGCCGUGCGUCAUGCACGCCUGAGCAGCUUGUGGAGCAGAGCAGCCUCUCCUCACGCUGUGCCUUGUCUCCCCAUGGCCUCUUCACAUGCGCCUCACCGUCUCUCGCUGCCUCUUGCGCCCACUGCCUGUGUGCGCCCAUCCCCUGGUCACUCUGUGCACACUCGCGCGCGUGUGUGCGGCGCGGCAGGAGGUGGAGUUGGAGCACGAGCUGCGCCACCUGCGCCACCGACUGGCAGACGCACGCAACGGUCAGUGCCGUCACUCUCACCUGCCCCAUGCCUUCUCACCCUGCCACCACGCGCUACCCCCUCGUGCCCUCGCCCGCCAUCAAUCCCACCGCAUGUGCGCAGGGCGCGCGGGAGGACGGCAGCAGUGCCACGGCCCUGCUGCGCGGGCAGCUGGCGGGGGCGCUGCGGGCUGCGGCGGAGCGGGAGAGGGAUCAGGAGGAGGCGAUGCAGUGCGUGGAUGGCGAGCUGGCGCGGCUGCAGGGGCAGGCGGACGCCGCCGCGCAGCGCGAGGAGCUGGCGGCGGCGCUGAUCGACCGCCUGCAUGCGGAGAACAAGGCGCUCAGAGGCGCGCUGCAUGCUGCACACGCGGGCGGGCGUGGCAGCAUGGUGGCGAGCAGGGGGCGCGUGGAGCUGGAAUGCAGCAGAUUGCAGGCAGCACAGGGCGAGGGUGGAGACGUGGGGCAAGGGAGGUCCGUGCAGCAGGUCCCAGGAGGAGUGGUGCGGCGAGAUAUGGUUGAAUCCAGAAGAUCACAGGCCCCACAUCCUGAUGACACUGGCCGUGGCGGUGGAGGUGGUGGUGCAGGGGGUGCAGAGGAAGCAAGGCGUGGCUGUGACGACCGGGGUGGAGCUGGUGGAGCGCAUGGUGGGCAGGCUGCGGCAGGUGCAGGGGGGUCAAGGCGAGCAGGGGGGGCAGAGUUGCAGACCGGCAGCAGGGAGUGGAGGGAGGGGGAUUUGUGUGGUGGUGCAUUUAAUCGGGGAGCGUGGCUGAGUGCUGUGGAGGGGGAAGAGCCUGAAGGCCCACCGGAGCAGUGGCGUGAGAGUGGUGGCAGUGAGCAGUGUGCGGCACACGCUGACAGCGCUUGCGGCAUGGAGGAGCAGUGCGGCGGCGAGUACGAGUCGACGUUCACGCUGCCGGUGCCCCGGCAGGGCGCGUGGAGCCGCGCCAAGGAGGCGGCGGCGCUGUACUAUGCGGGGAUAGCAGGUGAGGAGGGCGAGCAGGAGCAGCGGGAGAGGCAGCUGGAGGAGGUGCUGGCGGAGAACGCACGGCUGGAGGAGCAGCUCAGAGCGUUGCAGGCGCAGGUGGCGGGGGCACAGCGCGCGGUGGCAUGGCAGGGGCGGCUGCGGCAGCGCGUGCUGCAGCUGCGGGUGUGUCUGGAGCUGACGAGCAAGGUGGUGGACGUGAAGGACCGUGCCCUGGAGCUCGCCGUGCACCGCGCCCGCUCCGCUGAGGCCCGCUGCGCCCACCUGGACCGCCACCUGCUGCCUUCUGUGAGCACUGCUGCCCCCGCUGCCCUGUGCGAGUGCGGCAGCCCCCAAGCUGCGAAAGGGGCAGAUGGCUGUGAGGGCAUUGUGGAUGCGGGGCUGCAGAGAAGGUGCGCGGUGGCGGCGACUGGGACUGUGGGCGAGGAUGCGCCAGGGGUGCAGCACGGAGGCGAGGCAGGUGCGGCGUCAAGGCAUCGGGAGGGUGGCGCCCAGGAGGAGGGCAGGCUGGAUGGCGCAGAGGAGGCGGGCGUGUCAGUGCCGGAGGCGGGUGGUGAGCAGUGCGUGGUGGCGACGGUGUCCACCAGCAGCUCAGGCCGGGCCGGCAUGCGUCGCAGGAGCAGGGCGCACAUGCAAGGCGGCAGUGAGGCGAGCGGAGAGGAAGAGGAGUGGCCAGCGGUGGGGCUGCAGGAGCUGCAAGCGAGGCGGGACGCGCUGCUAAUCGCCAUGCACGGGCUGCGGGAGCGCGCAGCCCUGGCUGCAGAGAUGCGGCUACGAGCGGCAGCGGUGAUGGGGCGCAAGGGCAAGGACAAGCGCGGGGAGGUGAGGGAGAUGCUGGCAGCGGUGGAGAGCGAGGCAGACGAGGCGCGUGUGCUGAUUGAACGCUCAGAGAGGGUGGUGGCCAGGAUGGCCACACUGGAGCGACGAGGAAAGGGUCUUCUUUGGCACGCUGUAGCCAUGGCCCGUAAGCGCAAGAGCGUAGCUAGUUCUGUUGACUUGUGCCCGCGGGAUCUCGACGAGAUCCCGUACAUCGCUUGGAUGAACAAACAAAUCGCGGCCGGCCGCAAGCCCGCCGGCCCUUUGCCCGAAGGAGCGCCUGGUGCGGGGGACACCUCGUUCGAAGCCCCGCGCGAUGUCCCUACCCGCGGACGCCGUCAUGCCGACCGGGUUGCCUCAUCCCGCGUCAACGACGAUGCUGCCUUCGAUGACGAUGAUGACGCCGCGGACUCUGAUUACAACGAGUGCGACGAGGCCUGCGAAGACGACGCGGACUCUGGUGAGGAGCAGGACAAGGGCAUGUCCCCCUCCGAGGAUGAAGUUGACGCCGACGAGGACGCCGAUGACGACGAGGACGCUCCCGAAGAGGCCCAGCCUGCGUCCCCGGCUCCUCGUCGCGGCCGUGCGUCUGCCGCUGCGGGAACCAAGACUGCUGCUAAGGGCGGGGAACCUCCGCGUGCCACUGCCAAGACCCGUAACUUGCAUCCUGUUAAGCGGAGCGUGUGGUCCCCCCGUGAGAACACAAUCUUCGUGGCUGCGCGUUGGUUCAUGAAGGACGAGCUCGGGCCCCUCCUCGGGAAGCAGGGCUCUCAGUACUGGGCCCGCCUCGCGCGUCACCUCGAGAAGGAGAAUCCCGGUUGGGUGCGCGGUGUAAACGCGCUUCAGAAGCAGUGGCGCAAUCUUGUGAACAUGUACAAGCAGAUCAAGAAGGGGGAAAAGGCGAGCGGCAAGGGUGCCGUGUGCAAGCCCCACUGGUACCCGUACAUGGCGCUUUUCCAGAACAACAAGGCGGUGGGCAACCCUCACGCCGUCGACGGUGGCGGUGCGGCACACGUCAACGUGCCGUGCGGGUACGCGGUCCCGUCCACUUCGGCGCCCUGCACCUCUACGCCGACAUUCACUGGGAACUCCUACAUCGAAGCGCCCACGUGUGGCAGAGACGGCGAUGAUGGCCGCUGCAAAGCUGGUGUGCGAGACGAUCAAAGGCUGCCACUCAGACGCCAUGAGCAGGCUCGAAGGCCUCGUCCGCGCGUGGAUGGAUCAGGACGCGCGUAUUGCUCGGGAACGCGUGCAGCAGCCCGCACCCUCCCCGCAUGUCCGCGACGACAUCCCUGCCACGCGGACAACAUGACCGACUCGCACGCCGCCGAAGGCGGCGACGACGGCUGGCUUCGUCGCGGGCAGGCGGGCGAAGACCCCUCUAACCCAGAUGCGGGUGAGGAGGUGUGGGUCCGCGGCGCCGCCGAGUGA